AUGAGCUCCCCCGAUGAGGUGUCUGUGUGGGGAACGGAUUUCGGCCCAGAGGGCGGGGAGCGGGCCGGCGUCUGCCCGGCCGGCCCCGCAGUCCCGCGGGGCCCCGAGCCAGGCCGCGAGCCAGGCCCCGAGCCCGGGGAGCCGCGGAGCGGCGAGGGCGGGGGCGGCUUCCCGGAGCCCGAGGGCUUCCAGUCGGAGCGGGAGAUGCUGGAAGCGCGAGGGCCGGUGCUGUGGGGCCGCGAAGGCCGACCUGGCUCCCCAGCUGGUGACAAGAGGGACCUCCUGGACCUGUCCGAGGAGUCUUUGGAGGCCAUCCUGCAGCACCUGACCUUCCGGGACGAGCUGGACGUCCGCACGUACCCGUCCCCAGAGAGCUGCACCGCCUUCGAAGUGCCCGCCCUGUUGGCCGGCCUCGAGGCGAGUCCCGGUGGUGGAGGAGCGCGCACCCAGAGCUGUGGGGAUGCGCCGCCGGCUCAGACCGGCCCCCUCCACCUCGGUGGGCCCGAAGCGGGCCGGGCCUGGGGGAACCCUAAGAGAAUCACUAAGCGUAGGUUGAACGUGGCUGCGGAUCGCCAGCGGCUCUCCGCAGAAGGCCUGGCCUGGCUGCUCUCCGACCCCGAGUCCUCAGAUGAGUUCAGUGAGGCACAGUGCAUGACAGUGAGCACUUAUCCCGGAGCAGGAGGCCAGGCCGAGCCCAGCAGACCCGAGGAUCCCGGGGACACUCCCAGACACUCGAAUUUCCAAGUCAGGGAGAAUUUCCUUCACAUGCCAGGCUCUUCCCUGUUCUCCACUCCGCGAGGACUCCCUGCGGUUGUGGAAAGGCAGGGCGUGGGAGAGCAGGGCAUCUCUUCCCCUAAGAAAAUGCAGAGCGUGCUCCGGGCGAAGGUGGGCAGCAAGCCCAGCUAUCCGGGAGCUGCUGCUUCUGAUGCUGCUGCUGCUUCUGCUGCUGCCGCUGCUGCUGCUGCUGCUUACGCUGCUGCUGCUGCUGCUGAUGCUGCUGAUGCUGCUGCAGGUGGCCUGCCGCGGAUCACUCCUAGGAAGAAGGGGGCCCAGGAAGAGAAAUCCCUCGGGGGAGCCUCCAAACUUGCCCUGGGGAGAACCUUCCCUUCCGGGGAGCAGCGAAUCUCAGCAACGCCCCUGGAACCGGUCACCUUGCCCCAUAUCUCUCGUAUUCCGCUGCUUGUGAGAUCCAAGAAGUAUAGCUCGGUCCCUUCAGGAACCAAACAGUCCAAACACACCAGCGCUGGGAAGCAAUCCGUGGCCAAGCGGGCACGGGAGUCUGAGGCGGUGGCGGGAGAAGAUACGGACCCAACUAGAGACCCAGCCCCAAAGGGCCAACUGCCAACUCACAGGCCAGGGACAUCUCCACGCAUGCAUCGUGGAAAAGACAGCCGUGGCGACCUCAACACCAGAGGCCCUCAAGAUCCAGGAAACUCAGAGCCCUUGGCCCUGAACCAGGGAGAAGUCAUGCCCAGGGUGCCUGCCCCCUCAGGUGACCUGGAGCCACUUGACCAUCCUCCAAGACCGGAAACGCAGCAACAGCCACUGGGAAUGCCGUGCUGUACUUGGUGUCUCACGCUACAGAGAGAAAUAGACGACCUUAAGGAGCAACUUGCCACCGUGCAGUACCUGGCUGACAAGUUCCAGAGCCUUUGA